GCUCGUGAAUAUCCCCCCUUCCUCUCGCCUCUUGCACGUGCGGUACAUGAGCUAUAGGGGAAGUACGGUAUUUCAUAUGUACGAGUAUUAUACAGUGCGGUACGAGUGUAGUACCGGUGCAGGCACCGGUAGCUUAGUACUGCACUGUACUGUACUGUACCAUACUCUCACCAUGCUCUGCUUCCUCCCCCUCGCUUGGAUCCGGAGGCGUCUCUCGGGAUCCUUUUUCUAUUUUCCGUGCCUGGCCUUCUUCCGCUGGAAGAUCCAAUGAUAAUUGGGAAACUUCGAUUGGGAAAACUUCUGAAUUGAAUACCUUGCCCAUACACUAACUAACCGUGCCUACUCGUGCAGUACUGUACGUUUUUUUUAUGCUAUUUUAUACUUCUUUUCAGUGUCUGCAUGAUUUCUCUUUUCUUUUUCUCUUACCCUUCGGCCCUGGAAUGAACGAGUAAAUAGAUGUGUGGUAGUGGGUAGGUUUCUUUAUUUUUUGCUUUUUCCGUGUCUGGAUCGAGUGAGUGGGAGAGGGGUUUUUUUCUUCUUUCUUUCUUUUCUUCUUCCGCCUCUCUUUCUUUGUCCUUGUCAUGCGGUCUUGUAUCAUAGGGAAUAAUCGAGCACUAUUUUGCGGAGGAGGUUCAUGGAGGAGGUCGGAAUUAUUUACCGGUUUCCAUCUGCUGCGGUAUGUGUCGUUCAUGAAGGGCCUGAAGGUUCAGGUGAGGCCUGAUGGGCGAGGAGGGCGUGCUGGGGCUGCUGCUACUGCUGCGCCUGUUCAAUUCGCGGGCAAGCAUUAUAAUAUCAUCAGAGGUUUGCAGUAGUAUGCUCAUACAGUCGGGAUAAAUAAUAUUCCUCCCUCAACGGGUCACAAUUACUACCCUAGCUUCAGAAGAAUGAUCGAAAGGUGGAUUUCGCCGUUUGCUGAUAAUGUGAUGGGGAUCUUAUUGGUAUUAUCAUGGCCAUCGCUUUGUUCCUCUGCUGGUGCGGUACACUUUAUGUUCGCUCCCUUUUUUUUAUUUUUUUAUUGCCUCUCUCUCUCUCCCUUCCAAUUCCUAAACUUGCCCUUCUCACCUUUUUUUUUAUUAUUUUAACUUUCCCUUCCCUUCCCUUCCCUCCCUGGGGCGAGUUGCUAGGCGCGUUUCCUCUUUGGGCGGAAACUCCCAUUCUCCACUAGUCUAUCCACUACCCUGACCAACCGCUGCUGCAGCUCUCUCCGCUGUACUCUGUCCCUCCUCCCUCCCUCCCUCCCUCCCUCUCUUUCCCUCAUGCUCUCGCUGCUCACACCUACCACACUCCCUCCACCUCGCACCCUCACCCCCACUCACACACACUCUCUCUAACCUACUUCUAACUAUCUCUCGCUCCCUCCAGUAUCUCUCUUGAGCAUUGCAAUACUCCCUUCGGAACCGACUCUCGUCUUCACUCUUUGCCCUUCAUUGUUUGGAGCUUUCCCUCACUCUCGCUCUGCCCACCUUUCUGCUCACGCUCGCUUUUUCCCUCCCUUCCUCCAAUCUUCUCUUAUUCACCCCUCUCCCCCUCUCCCUCUCGUUCCUCUUACGUAGCUCUGGUCAUUGCUCGGACUCGCACUCUCGCCGUUCAUUGCAUCCUCCCCCUCCCUUCGCACCGCACAGAAUACAACCCACUACCCGUCAUCUCCGAGUGGCUCUUGUCGGAGUGUGAGGGCGGGUUCUCGCGGAGGAGGAACAGGACUCAACGGAACCCUCAUCCCUCUCCCUGCUCACUCGCCCGGCUCCGUCGACUCGUGUUGGAAAAGCCUGCCGGAUCGACUGCUAUUUACCUCUCGGGAUAGAAAGAAAGAAAGAAAAAAAAAAGAAAAAAAAAGUCAUGCCUGGGCUCACAAUUUCCGACGGCGGCGUCUCGCUGGGUGCUGCCCCACCCAUUGUGGGCAACGGAAAGGGUGCAACAGUGGUGCAUGGACAGCAGGUUAUGAGGAUCACUUUUGGUGGGGGCGGUGUCCUGGAGGAAGUGCUCAAGCAUGAGGCCGACCUGAAGAUAACCUUCGGGAAGUCUAUGGUACGGGAAACUCUAUCGACUUGAUGUUCUGCUUGCUUGGCAGGAUGAGGCAGAUUAAUUCUCUAGCCGUCUUUGCCGUGGUUCGGUUGGCUAACGGUUCUGUUGCUGGAUUAUUUAGAGGCUAUUAUAUGGUGAUCACACCAUGGAGGUCCUAUCCACCGUUGAGUCCAGCCGGCAUGAGUUGUAUCGAGCCAAACAGGGUUGUUUGGGGGGUGGCUUGGACUUUGCCGGGACCUUUACACAUCAACUGGAGAUUCGGGAAUUAUACUCGGAAUCUACUGAUGAGAGCCUUCGGGCCCUGCAGGAGUCCUAUCGCCGGAUUAACCAGGAGAAGGAGGCUUCUACGUAAGUCUUGCUUUUGAGUCUAAUCGAUUCCCAUUGGUUUUUUUUGGGUUGUCGGAUUCUCUCGCUUUCCUCCCGCCUUGGUCAUCAUUACUUACUCACACCCCGGAUGCAGAACUGUGGUUGUAGAUAGCGCUUCGAUGCCACCUGCGGUGUCCGGAAAGCGUGCCGCCUACAUGAAAAAACAAGCGGCCGCGGGGAGAGGGAAGAAUGCUCGGAAGCCUGUGACGCAGCCGAGGUCCUAUCCUAGCACGCCACACACGAGAGCCGGAAAAUCACCAGCCCUUAGUGAUGCUGAUGCGGCUGCUCAUUCCGCCAUGAUCAAUGCGAAAUUGGAGGCGUUGAAGGUUCCGUUAAUACACUUGCUCGCUAUGGGCCCCGAUUCGGAGCAGAACCUCGCCUCCAGAACGAGAGUCUCUGAAGAUAUGUGUCUGCGAAUAUUACAAAAGGUUGGGUACAGGGUUUUGAAGCUGUGGGAACUGGUGGAUGAUGUCUACAGGGAUCUCGAUAUCUGGGAAUUUCCAUACCCGUCACAGGCGAACCGAGAGGCAGCCAUAUCGAAUUGUAGAGCCGCUUUCAACAGGCUGCGGUUACCGCGGGAAGCGCCCGAGUGGCAGAAGACGCUAGCGCCAGAGGACAGAGGGAAGGUCGAUCCAUGUCCACCGGCCCCGCAGUCGACCAGGCCAGCGAAGCCUGUGCCUCCGCCAAGCAUAAAGGUUAUAGGAGACGCCACGGAGCCGUCGCAAGUCUCGCUAACCGGGAAGAAGCCGAGCGGUGAUGAGUCAAUGAGUAGAUCUAAUUCACAGAACGCUCCGGCGGCGAAACCGGCUACUAAGGCGGGGCAAGGGGGUUCCAUUUCGCGAAUAAUAGGCAAGAAGGGCCCGAAAAAGGCAGCGACACCCAAGGCUAGAGGAGCCACGGUGAAAGCUCCAAAGUCUGCGAACACUAAGGCUACCAAGGCUGCAAGGGAAACUUGUGCCGCGAGUGCGAAUUCGAAAAUCAAGUCUGCAGAGAGGGUUGAAGAUUCUGACGAGGACAUUGAGAUGGAGGAUGUGAAACUGUCGCCCACUAAACCGGUGGAGAAGAAGACCACUCUGGUGACGAGGCCGGCUCCGAGCCCAAUGUCCAAGGCUCCAUCAAUAACAUCCGCUCCAGCCUCGGAUUUGGAGGCGGAGGAGACAAGGCUGAAGCCCAAAAAGGCCUUGCCCAACAAAGUGCAGAAGUCCCCUGUCAAGAAAGCAAGGAAAAUUGCACCUCCAAGGUCGGCCAAUACUGCUGCCACGAAGGCAAAUGGGUACAGGAUUGCACCUGCAUCGAACCCAAGUGCCAAUUCACUUUCCUCGAAGGAGCAGAUCGCCCGACGUAGCUCGAGCAACUCUCCACCUAAACCCUCGCCUCUGGGGUCAUCGCCGAUGAACGCAUCAGAAAUGGGUGGCACAACAGCUGCUUCCUCCCCUUCUCUCUUGACGCCGAUCGCGGGAACGGCGACACCCGGUCGAUCGCCGCUAGAUUCGGUUACGCUUGCUGCGAAGGCAAAACCGCGCUACAUCCCGAGCAGCUCUCCACCGUUAAAGAGAAAGGCUACUCUGGCGGCGGACCGUGAUCGUGAGGAUAUUUAUUCACGACCAAAUGGAAGAUCGACCGAUCGGGAGCGGGACCGUGACAAGGAGAGAGGAAGGGAGCGGGGCCGGGACCAAGACCGCGAACGUGAGCGUGAGAGGCCAAGCACUAGCACAUCCACCGCCUCUAGCACUAGCAGCAACAAACGUCGAAACAUUUCUCUUGACAUCUCGACAAUCCAACUAGCCCGCAGGUUCAAGGAGGACUACGCACGCUAUGAGAGGCUACACAGGGAGGUCCAAGCCAUCACGGACGCCUUCAAGAAGAAGGAAAAGCUAGAUACUGUGCUGAGAAUGCACAGUGAUCUGGAAAAGAUGAAGGAGACCAUUAUGCGUGCUGCGUCCGUGCAUUGAUCGAGAUGAGCCCAAUCAUGGUCGGCCGCUCUUUCGGGUUUUAUUUUUCCCCAUUUUCUCUUGCUAUAUUUAUCUUUACGAAUUCUGGGAACCCUGUGUUUCUUUUCCGCACGGGUGUCUUGCUAGCUUGACUUGUCUUGCCACGCCUUGCGAGGGAGUGGGUGUGAGUAGGAUGGUUAGUCUCGUCUCAUCUCGUCCCUCCCUCUCUCCGGCGGCGAUCUAGUGCGAGCCACCUAUCCUCACCACCAUCCAAUGAACCCUUCAAUUUCUUGUCAUUAUUGAGUUACGAUAACGCCAUCAUAUCCCACUAUUUAUUCAUUCUUCAUUCCUCAUCUUUCUUCUUCACAUGUCACCAUUCGUCGUCAUCGUCAUCGCCAAUACGGAGUUAAACAUUUUACCAGUUCAAUACAAUUGUCAUCGGCACUCUUAUUUUCUAUAUAUAUCUAUUUUUUCUUAUUGACCUUUUUUCCAACGAUCAUACAAGUAUGAAUAUUCAUUUUUGUCAUUACUUUCUCCCACAACGUCUUGUCUUCUCUUUGUUCGAUUUCUUGUUCAAUUUCUGCAUGGGGUGUUUUGUUUAUUUUUUAUUUUUUUUGGUUUGAUUAUUUCUUCACCUACCUUACUGUCUAGCCUCUUUUGGUCUCCAUGUGUGAUUUGUCUUCUAUGUUUGUCUCGUAGGUCCGAGUUCGAACACUGGGAAGAAAAGAAGAAAAAAAAGGAGUUUUUGUGUUCAUUUGUUUUGGAUCCGUUCUUUGUUUAUUUUUAUUUUUAUUUUUUACCUUGUUAUUGGCAGCUUAUU